CCCAGGGCCCUGUCAGGCCACUAUUCCCUCCCUGCUCUGUAAGUAAUCCCUCCCCUCCCCCUCUACGCAGCCUCUUCUCCCACCACCCACAUCCAUCAUGGGAGUAAGGGAACCAGAGUGGUACCUCUGUCACCACACUAGGGAUUAUCAGGUAAUAAAAGCUUUGCCUCCCUGAGGAAACGUCUCUCCCUUUGUCUGGGGUGGGGCAGCCAUACCAGAGCUGGGGCUCUCCUGGGCCACUCCUGACCCUGCUGGUACUGUUUUGUCUCAACUGGCCCCCGAGAGGCCAGUCCUCCUGACUCCUCCUUUCCAAUAAGUGCAGCCCCUCCAGCGCUUGGCUACAUGCCAAGGACCCGCCUUCCCUUCCCAGCCCAUCUUUGGUGCAGUGGUCCCAGCCAGCCUGGCACUCUGGGAAGAUAGCCAAGGGCAUUGAGGAGAGAGGAAGUGGCUCUGGGCUAAGGCCAGUCUGACCUCUCUGGUGCUUUGUUACAAAACUACCUGGAUUGUGUCACUCCGUCCAGAAUAAGUCUUUAUUCUCACACUUACUGUGUAAAUAGCUUCAAUUUUCUUUCAAAUCUGUCCUCAUUUCCAGGACUUUUUUGCGGAAGUGCCUCAGAUUCUGGAUGGUGGGAGUCUUAGAUUCCAACUUGAUUUUGAGCUGAAUAUUAGGCAAUAGUGUUUAACUUUUGUGUCUCAAAUAAGGUGGAUGUUCAUUUAUUUCUCAUGUAAUUGUCUGCCCAGUCCAGAGGCUCAGUAUCCUCCCAUCUCGUGGUUCCAGUGUCCUUUAGGGUGUUAUUCUUUUCUUUAUGGUUGGAGCUGGAUCACUGUCUUUUCCCAUGGAGAACCAAAAACAGUGGAAAGCAAGCAACUUCAUUUUUAAGGACAUGAAGCAAAAUUUGCACUUUGCAUUCUCAUACAUAUCCCAUUGGUUAAAACCUAGUCAUUAGGCCACACCUAGCUACAGGGAGGCUGGGAAAUGUAGUCUUUGGGAGCACAGCUGGGAGAGGGGGCCUGUCCACUGCCUCCUAUCCUCACAAGCAGCUCAUCAUGGGAACAAGAGAAUAAACUGUUUGUCAUGGCUGUCAGUGCAGGACUGAGAGAGGCCUGCAGCCUGGCCUGGCCUGUAGGGCAUUUCUUGAGGAGCAGGGCCAGGCCCUGGGCCUUCUCAGGCUCAGGACUGAGAGGUGACACCCUAGCCUGGCCCAUGAAGGCACACUUGAGAUAUCAGUGCUGCUGUGCUUCUUGGAGGUGGGACUUGAACUGGACCCAAGGGAUGCUGGAUAUUCAGAUGAGUGAGAGGAGGAAAGGUCAGGUGGAGUCACAUUACAGAGGACCUCGGAAUCCAAGCAAGCAAGGACACCACGGCUCCAAGACAGGAGCCAAGUUUUGUACCACGUUGAGGAUGUCUAAAGGGACACAACAGACCACCUCUGGAAGCUUGCAGGAGGAGCAGCGCUGCCAUGGCCAGCUCCAAGCUAGGCCUCUUGCUGCUGCUGCUGCUGCUGCCCACCCAACCAGGACCCUCAAAGACUCAGCACUGGUCCCACGACUGGUACAGUGGAGGAAAGUGAGCCUCCAGCUCACCCCUGCACUGCCAGCAUGCCCCAAGGCCCCCAGGUGGUGUGCCCUGGGAGGGCAGGACCACAGGCCAGGGGACCCUCCAUACGAAGCAGUACCUGGUGCAGACACUGCUGGUAAGUAGAGUGAGAGGCCCCAGGCAUUGGCCACCAGGGGCCAUAGUGGCUAAGGACGGGGCUAUGUGAGUGGGAGAUGGGGUAGACAGCACUGAGACACCCCUACCACAGCACCCCCAGCUGUUAGUGCCCCCUGCUUCUUACAAGCAGGGUGCUGUCUGCUAUUCUAUUUCCCAGAACUCUAAACAAUUUAUAAGAUACUUAUGUUAAAUUUAAAGAUUGCAAGUCACUAAUGGGGUAGGAAAUAAUUGUACUGCACUAAGAAACCUCCAUAAGUAAGGCAGUGACUGCAGUGGGGUCCCCCAGGCUUGUUUCCUAGGGAAACCAUUGUGUUCUCCGGCCAGCAGAAAGAGGUGAGAGGUGGGACCUCACACUGACAGGUAGCAAGGCCUGGAGGACCAGGUAGUCACUGACAUGGCACGAGAAAUGGUAGCGAUUGCAGAGUCCUCCGAAGCCCUAGCAGAACACAGGUGUGUGGAGAUGGAUUACUACUAUUUUGCACAUCGUAUUUAAAAGUGCACCAGGACAGCACGGUAACUAAAGGAGAAAGU